CUGGAGGCAAGGGCGAGAGCCCUGGGCGGGGGACUGGGCUAGGGGACCCGCGCGGGCUCGCCCAGAUGCGCGUUUCUACGAGGCAGCAAAGGGCUUGAGACAAUCAGGCUUUGCCAUCUUAACACGUUUGGGGCUGGGAGGAAGGCUGCGGUUCCUGGCUCUCGACGGGACUUAUUUCCAGGCGUUGCGGGAAGGCUGCGAUCCUGCGCGCUUGUGAGGGAGUCAGCUCCGCUCGACGCGGUUUUGGGUGACUUGUAGGGGAUUGGGCGGCUCAGCUACUACUGAGCGCCUGUUCGGCAGAGGGAAGAGGAGCGGCGAGGGACUGACUGCCUUGGGGCUGCCCCUCCCGAAGCUGUGCCGGGCAUAGCCUCCUUGAGCCUCUCCCUGGGCUCCACCCCGAAGGCGCCUCCGACACGCCUCCCCGUCCCGUGUACAGGAGGUUGGCAGUGAGCACAGCAGGUGCCCGAAAGGACUCCUCCUCCUCCUCUUUGAAAGUGUGGAGCAAGAAGGAUGACGCAUCAGGGAGCAGUUCUGCAAGGUUAUAAUAAUGAGUUGGUGAAAUACCUAGAAGACUUGAUUGUGCACCGAGAACAACUGAACAGACAGAUCAGGCAAGCAGAACAGGAGAAAAAGAUGGUCCAGGAUGAAAUUGCAGUGCUGACAGUACAGCUGGGGCAUGUGUGUGAAAGCCUGGCAUGGAAGAGUGCCACGCAAAAGGAACUUGAUAAAGUCCUGGCCGAAACGGAAGUGGCGUAUGAGAAGAUUUUGGAGAGUUCAAGAAUUCUUCUGAAUGUCUUGAAAACAGAAACUGGGAAUUUAGACAAAGUGAUAGCUCUAAAAAAUAAUGUGAGUGGGGAUGGUUAAGUAUUUCUGUUCCCACAAGCCCAAUAUUAGGCUAACAAUGAAAUCCUAAACAGAGUUACUCCAGUGUAAGCCCAUCCAUUUCAAUGGGCUUAGAGUGGAGUAACUCUGCUUAGGAUUUCAUUUUUCAGUGAUUCAUAUUUUGUAAGCUUCUGCUUGUUGAUUUCAAAACUGUUCAUGGGGGAUUCUUUGUUAUAGCAAUAAAGUUUUAUUAUCUAUUUAUCUUAA